CUCUCCCUCUCUUUUCUUACUCUGCUCAGCCAAACCUUCCAUAAAAAACAGUGAAUAUAUCUUUCUUUUUUUUAAGUGCUUUUGUUAUCUAUGAACCCAAGUCCCGUGAAGCCUUUACUGUAGAACUCUCUCUUCUAAGUACUACCCCUACCUUGUGUUUUCCUUUAGGGUGUUUUUGUCACCAUGAGAGCCGGAGGCUGCACGGUGGAGCAAGCCCUCACGCCUGAGGCUGCAAACUUGGUUAAACAAGCCAUGGGGUUGGCUAGAAGGAGAGGACAUGCUCAGGUCACACCUCUCCACGUGGCUAGCACCAUGCUCUCCGCUCCCACUGGUUUACUCAGAACAGCUUGUCUCCAAUCCCACACGCACCCUCUUCAGUGCAGAGCCCUAGAGCUCUGCUUCAACGUGGCACUAAACCGCCUCCCGACCUCCACGGGCAGUCCCAUGUUAGGAGUUCAAACUUCCCCUUUCCCUUCUAUCUCCAACGCUCUCGGUGCAGCUUUCAAACGCGCGCAGGCUCACCAGCGACGUGGAUCCAUAGAGAGCCAGCAGCAACCGGUUUUAGCGGUCAGUAUAGAAGUUGAGCAGCUGAUUAUAUCCAUCCUAGAUGAUCCUAGCGUGAGUAGGGUUAUGAGAGAAGCUGGUUUCUCGAGUCCUCAAGUGAAAAGCAAAGUCGAACAAGCUGUCUCUUCAGAGACUUGCUCGAAAACAACCUCCUCCAAAGAAGCAUUAAAGUCGUUAACUCCUGUCAGGGACGAGGAUGUCAUGAACGUUAUAGAGAGUCUAGUCGACAAAAAGAGGAAGAACUUCGUGAUCGUUGGAGAGUGUUUAGCAACUGUUGACAAAGUUGUGAGAACGGUGAUGGAGAAAGUUGACAAAAAAGACGUGCCCGAAGCUUUAAAAGACGUGAAGUUUAUAACACUAUCGUUCUCCUCGUUUGGACAACCUAGUAGAUCUGAUGUGGAGCGUAAGCUAGAGGAGUUGGAGACACUUGUCAGAAGCUGUGUAGGGAAAGGGGUGAUUCUAAAUCUAGGAGAUCUAAACUGGUUCGUAGAGUCUAGAACGAAAAAUACUUCAGUUUAUAACAAUAGUAACAACAACUACUGUGUUGUGGAGCAUAUGAUAAUGGAGAUUGGUAAGUUAGCUCGUGGAUUGGUCAUGGGAGAUCAUGGAAGGUUUUGGUUAAUGGGUCUUGCAACUUCAGAGACUUACGUGAGAUGCAAGUUUGGUCAACCCUCGCUUGAGUCUCUUUGGUGUCUUACUUCUCUCACUAUUCCAGCAACUAGUAGUAGCCUCCGCUUGAGUCUUGUCUCCGAGAGUGAGGUUGAAGUCAAGAAGUUAGGGAACACACCUCUCCAGCUGCAUCCAUUAGAGGAGCAGCUCAGUUUCUGUGAGGAAUGUUCUACCAAAUUUGAAGCAGAAGCUAGGUUCUUGCAAUGCAGCAAUAGCAAUGUAAUCAAUUCAGCUUUACCGGCUUGGCUUCAGCAGUACAAGAAGGAGAAUCAAAGUAGUCACAAUGAUUCAGAUUCUAUAAAAGAACUUGUGGUUAAGUGGAACACAAUCUGUGAUUCAGUCCACAAGAGACCAUCUCUAAAAACACUAACACUCUCUUCCCCUUCUGGUUCCAUUAAAACCAACGGUGAUUGGCCCGUGAUAGAGACAAACAAGUAUCUUCAUCAUCAUUCUGUGACCUCUGGUGCAUCCCAAUUAAGAGUUUUCAUUCCAGAACAUGACAGCGAGCAAACAAAACAUGACAGCGAGCAAACAAUAGAGCUCUUCUCUUCUAAUCCUAACUCAGCAGCUUCUUCGAGCGAUGGAAUGGAGGUUGAACAUGUCUCUUCUAGGUUUAAAGAGAUGAAUGCUGAAAACCUGGCAACACUAUGUGAUGCCUUGGAUACCAAGGUACCAUGGCAAAAGGAUUUAAUCUCGGAGAUAGCUAAAACAGUCUUGAAAUGUAGGUCGGGAUCGAGUAGAAGAAAUAUCAAUGGAAAAGAUGAUAUAAAAGAAGAGACAUGGAUGUUCUUUCAAGGUCUUGAUGUAGAGGCUAAAGAGAAGAUCGCUAGAGAGUUAGCUAAACUCGUGUUCGGAUCACAAGAGAGCUUUGUCUCCAUCUGUUUGAGUAGUUUCUCAUCGAGAGAUUCGAGGAACAAGAGGUCUAGAGAUGAGCAGAACUGGAGUUACAUUGAGAGAUUCUCUGAAGCUGUUUCGUUUGAUCCAAGAAGAGUGUUCUUAGUGGAAGAUAUAGAGCAAGCUGAUUAUAUGUCUUUAAUGGGUUUCAAGAGAGCCAUUGAGAGAGGAAGAGUUUGUAACUCGAGUGGUGAAGAAGCUUCGCUUAGAGAUGCGAUUGUGAUCUUGAGCUGUGAAAGAUUUAGCUCAAGAUCAAGAGCUUGUUCUCCUCAGGUUAAUCAGAAGUCGUCAGACGGUUCAGAUCAAUCUGAGGAUAAGAACGUUGUGACUUGCGUCGCACUUGAUCUUAACCUCUCUCUUGACGAUGGCGUUUGUGAAAAAGAGUCAUGUGAUGAGAUUGGCUUACUCGAAGCUGUGGAUGGACGGUUUCAUUUCAAGUGUUCAUCAACGUAGCACCAUGCAUAUAUAUGUGCAUGUAAAUGUAACAUGGCUCAGUUUAUGAAUAUGAUCUUUUCGAUUACAUCAUGCGUUAUUUGUUUUCCUUAGGAGUACUUUCUCUUUCAUUGGGACAAUACUUUGGGUUAAACGUGUAGUUGUAGAUUUUCUUCUGUCUUAGGAACUUUACAUGGAUAGUUUCAGUUUUAUCAUUCCGUUCUUUGUAUUUUCCCUUUUUCUUCUAAACAAAUGGUUUCCCUGUUAACAUCA